AUGACAUCCGGUAUUCUAGCAGUCGACUUCAUUGUCUAUGCUGUUGUGUUGGGCUACAAUGCUCUCUUUGUCGAAAAUGGUCUUAUAAUGGCUAUUCUCAUCACACUAUGCUCGUUGUUCUCGGUAUCUUCGACUUCGACUUCUUUGUUUACUUAUAUGUCUGGUUGCUGUCCCUGGAAUUGUUUCGGUAUCUGCCGUCGCCGCCGCGUAACCCCCAGUUCUGGCCCCCCUGGCGGCGAUGAUCCUAUCGAACUCCAAUAUCCUGGUUCCUCCCCAUCCGCUAACCCAAACGAUUAUCAAUACGGCGAGCGUGAGAUGUGGGGACACUUGCGACAAAGAUGGAUCGAUGAUGCAACCGAGCCCAACUGCACAGUACAGCUACCAAACUUUGAAUUUAGAAACUUGACCCAUGCUAAACACCGAUCUCAAAGAUGGACAACUAAUUUCAACCGCUGGAUUGAAGGACCUCACUUUCUCUCAUAUGACCUCGCGGCUUGUGGGCUCCCUGUAGGUGAACAAAGUUACCACGAUGUCAAGAUCACAAAGGACAGUGUCAUUCCGCACCCAAAAAGAGGAAUGGGAACUAACUUGUAUCAAAUCACGACUGCAAUGGGAGUUAUUGUACUGAGAAAUGCUUAUAGACACGAUGGACCUUGGUGGAGUCAAAUCGCCCUUGCACAGUACGAUAUUCACUUCGCCCGGAAUAUCCUGAGACACAUCUACCUCGAAAAUGUUGUCAACGACGAUACCGUCGACUGUGUACGAACAAUUUGGGCUGACACUCAGCCCCCUAACUCCGGACUGUUUGACACGUCUCCAGCAGCGAGCGAUCAGGUGUCCUGGAAUUUCGAUACUCCCGGAUAUAAGGCCAUUCUGGGUACAGAGCUUGGGAAAGGUGCGGCUGCUAUUGUUUUGUCGGCAUAUCCCAGAGGUACACAUCGUAUUACCAAAGUUGUGGUCUGGAGGCAGAGUAUCUUGCAGGUACGAUUUGAUAUUGAAAACAAAUCUUACAUGUAG